AUGGAACAAGAAAAUUCCAAUCGUCUCGAGAGAUUAGAGAAAGCUCAAGAGAAGUUAGAAAAAGGGUUGAAUAAGAUUUUAGAGGCUUUGAACAAGCUAAACAGGGAAAAGGAAAUAGAGGAGAAUGCUAGCCAACCAGAGGAGGAUAACCCACUGUACCCUCCUGUUAUAGCUGAAGAUGUAGAGCUUGCGGUGGUUGCUACUCAGAGAGCUCUUUCUAGAAAUAAAGGUUUAGAUACGAAGCAAAAGGUUGCUAUCUCUCUUUUUAUUGAGACAUUUAAGAGUUAUGUGCUUAAAGAACCACUUGGGGUCGUUGGAUUGAUUACUCUAUGGAAUUAUCCACUGAAGGUUGGUUUUCUUUCAGGUGUCUUGAACAUUCUGACUGAAUUGGGUCUGAAAGUUGUGAUUCCUUUGGCAUCUCAUCCCAAUGUUGACAAGACUGCCUUUACCAGAAGCACUACAACAAGGAACAUGAUAAUGGAAGCAGCCGUUCAAAUGGUCAAGCCUGUAUCUUUAGAACUCGAUAAGAAAAGCCCAAUCAUUUUGUUUGAGGAUCAAGAAUAUGAAAAGUCACAAUGA